AAGUGGUCACUUUUAUCUGGCGAGUGUCCAGACCUCCCCUUCUUAGACCGUGCUCCUCCAUCAUCGAGCGUCCAACUAUUGAGAGUUGCACUGUUCUUUACGCUCUAAAGAGUCAUGGCCUCGUCUGCUGUCGGCUGUAAAAGAAACGUCUUUAUAGUUUUGCCUUCACAGCCUCUGUUCUCUUUUCACUUUACGUGACUUGCUGUUUUGAUUGUUCUUUUAUCUGUGGUGUGUAUGAGAAUGUGAAUUUUUGUUUAUUUUCGAAGCGAGGUGUUCGGGGUUUUAAUUGUAUUGCAAGGGAAUUAAAAUAUGGCUUUAGAAAGUUUGUGCGGAUUGGACUCGAAGUUCAGCCAACUUAGUUUUAAGCCCUUGUGGAAAACAGAGUCAAAUGUGUUAAAUGAGAAUGAAUACACUGGUAAUUUUUGUAAUAAUGUAAAGUUGGCGUUGCCUCCAUUUUCAAAUCCUUCAGGUCAGCUGGGUACAUUUUCUUCUGAUGACAAUGGAAAACCCAUUAAAAUCCAUUUUGAUCAUGGAACUACAACUUUAGGUUUCGAGUAUCAGGGUGGAGUUGUUUUGGCAGUUGAUUCCAGAGCCACUGGGGGGCAGUACAUUGGCUCCCAGGACGUGAAGAAGGUGGUGGAGAUCAACGACUACCUGCUGGGAACGCUCGCGGGGGGAGCGGCGGACUGCAUGUACUGGGACCGCGUGCUGGCCAAGCAGUGCCGCCUGUACGAGCUGCGGAACCGCGAGAGGAUCUCCGUGGCCGCAGCUUCCAAGCUCAUGGCCAACAUGGUGUACAACUACAAGGGCAUGGGGCUGUCCAUGGGCAUGAUGAUCGCCGGCUGGGACAAGAGGGGACCCGGACUGUACUACGUGGACAGCGAAGGGACUCGAACCAAAGGGAAGGUGUUCUCCGUCGGCUCGGGGUCGGUGUAUGCGUUCGGGGUGCUGGACUCUGGAUACAAGUGGGAGCUAGCAGACGAGGACGCGUACGAAUUGGGCCGCAGGUCCAUCUACCACGCGACAUUCCGAGAUGCGUACAGCGGUGGCACGGUCAGAGUGUACCACAUGAAGAGCACAGGCUGGGUGAAUAUCUCCAACGAAGACUGCAAGGAUCUGCAUUACAAAUAUGCAGAACAGAAGAAAGCUACCAUGCAGUGAUUGAACAUUGGUUUUUAAACAUGUAUUGAGGCUUCUGUUUAAUAACACAUUGCAAGUUCAAAAUAUUUUCUUCGGCAGAACUUUCCAGCUCAAUUAAAAAAGUAAUUUAAUCUA